AUGCUUGGAAGCUCGACGUGGACAUGCUUGCGGUGUCUAUCACGAUCUCUCCGGCUUGCACAGCCCAAAAGAACUUGGGCACUGUCGAGACAGUAUAGCACCACAGGAACUACCAGCGAUGUCGACUUAUCCCCCGUAUUGCUGAACAGGGCGAGAACUCUUGCUGCGGAACAUGCUACCCUCUCUACAAAACAGGCAGAGUCUUUCGAACGAGCGGCUGCAAGGCGGUUAGGGGAGCUUGCUCCUGUUGCGAACGCUUUGAAAGACUGGGAUAGGGCUAAUGAGUCUAUCACGGAGCUUCAAGGCCUCAUAAACGAGCCAUCUACCGAUGCAGAACUCAAGUCUCUUGCACAGGAUGAUAUUACAUCCACUAUUGCGACAUUGUCAUCUCUAUCGGCAACGUUAAAACGAGCAUUGAUCCCUCGCCAUCCAUUCGCAGACAUGCCCUGUCUUAUUGAAAUUCGCCCGGGCGCAGGAGGGGACGAGGCAGGGCUUUUCGCUGCAGAGAUGCUUCGUAUGUAUAUGGCGUUCUGUUCCAGUCGUGGCCUGAGAACUGCCAUUAUUAAAAAGGAGACAGAGGACGGAGUGGGCGCAGGCGCAGAGGAACGGCUCUCCGAGGCGGUAAUGGAAAUCGAAACGCCCGGGAGCUAUAACAUUCUCCGGACCGAGGCUGGUGUACAUCGUGUUCAGCGGGUACCAGCAACAGAGGCAAAGGGACGUACACACACAAGUGCUGUGAGCGUCAUGAUACUGCCCAGUUUCCCCGACAACAACCAAGGAGACAGCCCCCUAAAUUUCGACGACCCGAAUUCGGACUAUUAUGUCAACCCACAAGACGUGCAGUCUGAGAAAUUCCGGGCCAGUGGUGCUGGCGGCCAGCAUGUCAACAAAACAGAGUCUGCAGUGCGUCUAACACAUAUUCCCACCGGAACGGUUAUCUCCAUGCAAGAUUCCCGGUCUCAGCAUGAGAAUCGCCGGAAAGCCUGGCUGCUGCUCAGAGCCAAGCUAGCCCAGGCAAGACGAGAAGCCCGGGAACAAGAGAUGAUGGAGCUACGCCGCGGCGCCAUGGGAGGCGUUAACAAAACAGGCAGAGGAGAUAAAAUACGCACUUACAACUUCACCCAGAGCCGAUGUACAGAUCACCGAAGCGGCAUGACUGUUCACAAUAUCGGAAAGGUGAUGGAUGGCGGCGAGAAUCUUGAAAAGAUAAUGGAGAGUGUUCAGAACUGGCUUGUAGACCAGGAGGUCGAAGCCCUAUGUCUUGAGCAGCAAGCCGCUCCUACUGAAAGCAAGACUCCUCAGAAGGCUGCAGCUUAG